UAGCCCGCAUAAACUUCACAUUUUGAAAAUUCUGACCAGUGGAAUUUAUAAGUUUUGUUCAUUUCCGAUAUUUUUACACUAUACCAUGGCUUACAAAGUCAUCCUUAGAACUCUUUUGGGUAUAGCCUCAGUGACAUUCGCUUCAAAACUUAUUUACAACUUUUAUCAAAGAAGAAAAAAGCAAGUGAAAUUACAUAAAAAAGAAAUAAACGAAGUUAUAACAUUCUCUUAUGGAGCGCAUGAUCUUAAAAAGAGCAAAUACUCACGUUGCGUUGUUACUCCGAGUAUGGAGCGUUUGUUGUAUUAUUUAAAUGGACCUCGACAUAAUAUUGACAUUUGCAUGUAUAUUAUAACAAAUACAGAUGUGAGUAAUAUAUUGAUGAAGUUGCAUUAUCGAGGUAUUAAAAUUCGCUUGAUAAUAGAUGCCGACAUGGCAUAUUGUACAGGGUCUUGUGCGAGAAAAUUGGAAAAGCAUGGUGUUCCAGUGCGGUGGUUGAAGUCUACUAAUUUAAUGCAUCAUAAGUUCUGUCUUAUUGAUACACUGGCUGAUGAUGAAUUUGUCACACCUUAUGUAAUGGCAGGAUCUUUAAAUUGGACUAAUCAAGCUUUGUCUGGCAACUGGGAAGAUGUUACAGUGACUUCACAGAAAGAUUUAGUACAACAAUACCAAGUUGCUUUUGAAAAAUUGUGGAUUUUAUUCAAACCAAUUGAUUUUACAUAACUAGUUCUUGACUAAUUGUAUGUUUUGUAAUUAAUAACAAGAUCUGUAAAACUUUGUUGAUUUGUUAAUCUUGAAUAUAACUUUAUGGAGCAAUUUUAGAAAUAUUUAUGGGACAUGUUUUGUUAAUAAAUAUAACAAAGAAAAAUGUUUGCAGUCUUG